GAAAAGUCGACGAUGAACUGGAAGCUCAGCUGACGAGAUGCAGUCGAUCAAGGGAACUCUGCUACUGCUGACGCUGUGCUUAGGCGCUAGUGGCACUUGGGGCAAGCUCAGUUUAGAAAUCUUCAAUGACAUAUGGAACGAUCUGGAGGACGGAGGCAAAAGUAUUGUCGAAGCCUUAAGGAAUGCAACACAGGAUGGCGCAACCGUUGGCAACGACCUUGUGGACCAGCUAGGCAGCGCCAAGGGAAACCCCUUGAACGAUGUCUCAGAAUUAGGGGAAGAUCUAUCCAAUGCAAUAUCAGAAUCGUUAACGGCAGGAAUUAAGGACCUAUCACUAACCCUCUCAACCAGCAUUGCGGAGCUCACAGCUAAGGUGGCUGCUGAGAAGAACUCGAAAAAGAAAGCCGCGCUGAGCAGUGGACUAGCAGCACUUGAGCAGCUCAACUCAGUAGCCACGGAUCUGGAGUCCUCACUGCCCAAUAUCAAUCAGCAGCUCGGUGAAAAAGUUAACAGUCAAUUAAGCGAAAUUCUGGACUAUUUGUUGAGCUGGAGUAAGGAACAACUGGACCGGGCGGAACAGAGCACCGAUGGAGCUAGCCUGCAGCAAGCGAAAGACGUCAUUACACAAUUCAUAUCAAGCUCUUCCAAGAACCUUAUCAGUGUUCUAGAGGAGCUUGAGGUUAGGAAGACCCUGAUUGAGCAGCAGUUGAACGAUAAGAUCAGUGAAUACAGCGACUACGUCAAGGAACUUGUUGAAGCCAUGCACAGCUGCAACCGUCUCAGCAGCUUUCGUUGCAAGUCACUCAUUGAGGAAUCGAUCGAGAAUCUGCGGGACGCACAUGAUGAGCUUGAACGUCUGCUUAAGGCAGGCAAGGAUUUGAUCGAGGCCGGAGUGAAAGCUACGGACUCCGUUUUAUCGCUCUUCAAGAAAUUGGCCGAAAAUAAGCUCAAAUGCGAAAAAGAUCUGGAAGACAUAGUUAGCCCCAAUGCAAGCACAACAGAAGAUAAUGGUAUAUCGUCUGCACCCAAUGACGUAUCAUCAGAAUCAGAUGAUCAAUCAUCCUCAGCACCAAAUGGAGAAUCAGAUGACUCCUCAAUCUUUGCCGAUUUAUUAUCCAAGCUGAGUGAAAGCAGCAAAAGUCUCUUCGAGAACCUUUUGAAUGCAACGAGAGACGGUGCUGCUGUUGGCAAAGACAUACUGGAAGAUCUACACAAUUCGAAGGGCCAGUUCUUGGCUGAUGUUACUCAGUUAGGAAAGGAGCUCUCAGCCGCAAUCUCCGACGCACUACUCAGUCAAUUGAACUCUUUAACGGACAACCUUUUAGACAGUAUUACAGAUCUUGAAGGCAAGAUUGAAGGCGAAAGGAAUUCCCGGAAGAGAAAAGCAUUAAGAACGGGAUUGGCAGCGCUGAAGGAACUUAAUUCGUCAGCGUUCAAGUUGAAGUCCACACUCCUCGAUGUAGGCAGUAAACUUGCCGAUGAUCUGAGCGAUAAGGUUAAUAACACGCUAAAUGGAUUAUUGGAGUGGGGAGAUGAGCAACUGCAAAGGGUAAACAAUAAAACCGCAGGCGCAGGUCUUCAACAGGCGGCUACUAUCAUUCAGCAGCUUCUUGAACAAUCCACCCAGAAUCUGCUUGGUGCCCUGCGUGAUCUGGAGCUCCAGAAGAGUCAGCUUGUGCAAGAGUUCCUGGAAAAAAUAAGGUAUUAUGCAGGCGACACUAAGGCGCUGAUUAUUAAAAUGAAUGAAUGUCUGGAAGGGCCUAUCAGCGGCGCCAAGUGUGUAUUACAAGUAUACGAAUUAGUAGGAAAGUUAAACAUUACCAAGGACGAGCUGGAAACUCUAUUGAGGAACAGCAAAGCGCUUGUCAAGACAGGAUUAUAUGCGAGUAAAAGAAUUGCAUCUCUGCUGAAGCAGUUGGCUAAGGAAAAGCUCAGAUCUGAAAAGGACUUAAAUGACAUAAUUGACAACAGACCAAGCACAACUGAAGCCGCAACCACAAAUGCUAGAACGACAUCCAAUGAAGGCUCAUCCGAACUUGACGAAACAGCAACAGGAUCUGAUGAAACAUCCUCCGAGGCAGAUGAACUAUCUACAAGCUCCAAUGGAGCAGCAACUGAAUCAGACAAUGAAUCACCAUCGUCUUCCGAUGAAACAACAUCUGAUGGAGCUUCCGAUGGAGCUUCACCCGAAGAAGGAUCAUCCGAAUCCGAAGAACCAUCAACAGAAGCAAAUGAUGAAUCCACAUCGGCAUCCGACGAGGCAACGUCUAACGGAGAAUUAUCUGGAACCGAAGAGCCAUCAACAGAAUCAACAGCUGAAUCGUCAUCAGCAUCCGAAGAGGCGUCAUCCGAUGGAGAAUCAUCUGAACUCAACGAUGCAUCAACGGAAUCCAACGAUCAAUCAUCAUCGGAAUCUGAUGGUGAGACUUCUAACGAAAAAUCCGAGGAAGCAUCCACAGAAUCAGACGGUCAAUCAUCCUCAGCAUCCGAUGGAGAAUCCAAUGGCGAAUCCGGCAACUCAUCCGAGGAAUCGUCAAUCUUUGCCGAUUUAUUAUCCAAGCUGAGUGAAAGCAGCAAAAGUCUCUUCGAGAAUCUAUUGAAUGCAACGAGAGACGGUGCUGCUCUUGGCAAAGACAUACUGGAAGAUCUACACAAUUCGAAGGGCCAGUUCUUGGCUGAUAUUACCCAGUUAGGAAAGGAGCUCUCAGCCGCAAUCUCCGACGCACUAAUCAGUCAAUUGGACGCUUUAACGGACAACCUUCUACCCAGUAUAACAGAUCUUGAAGGCAAGAUUAAAGGCGAAAAGAAUCCACUGAAAAGAAAUGCACUAAGAAAGGGAUUGACUGCGCUGAAGGAACUUAAUUCAUCAGCGUUGACACUGAAGUCUACACUCCUCGAUGUAGGUAGUAAACUUGCCGAUGAUCUGAGCGAUAAGGUUAAUAACACGCUAAACGGAUUAUUGGAGUGGGGAGAUGAGCAACUGCAAAGGGUAAACAAUAAAACCGCAGGCGCAGGUCUUCCACAGGCGGCUAAUAUCAUUCAGCAGCUUCUUGAACAAUCCACCCAGAAUCUGCUUGAUGCCCUGCGUGAUCUGGAGGUCCAGAAGAGUCAGCUUGAACAACAGCUUCUGGAAAAAGCAACGAACUAUAAAAAUGUUGCUCAAGCACUGACUGACAGUAUGAAUCAAUGUCUGUCAGGGCCCAUAGGCACCGUCCGGUGUGCAGUCAAAUUAAACGAUUUGAUAGCAAAGGUAAAUAUUGCCAAUAACGAUCUGGAAACACUGCUGAGGAAGAGCCAAGCGCUGGUCGGAGCUAAUUUGUAUGCUAGUAAAGCACUUGCAUCUGUGUUUAAGCAGUUGGCUAAGGAUAUGAUUGAAUGUGAAAGGGACUUUGAUGAAAUUAUAGACGACAACUUACCAGAACCCGACGAAGACUCAUUAUCGGACUCCAGUGAAAGGCCUUUGGACGAGAGUUCAUCAGAUGAACCCUCUUUCUUUAGCGACAUAGGCUCCAAGCUGAUUGAAGGAGGCAAGAGUCUUGCCGGGAAACUGUGGAGGACAAGACGAGACACUGAAACCGAAUCGCCAUCGUCAUCGACAUCCUCAAGUGUAUUAUCUGAGACAUUGACCAGUGGCUUAGCCGAAUCGGGAGAAAACUUACUUGGCAACAUUACAGCUCUCGAAGGAGAAAUAGAAAAGCUUGAGAAUCCCAUUGCCGCACUGAGCACUGGGCUGGCAGCGUUAAAGGAACUGAGCUCAACUGUUGUCGAGCUCGAAACUGCACUUGCCGAAAUAAACAGUAACCUUCCCGAUCUCAGCCAGACGGUUACCACCACUCUAACUGAGCUGUCGACAUGGGGAGACACGCAACUGGAGCUAGUAAAGAGUCAAAGCAAUGCAGUUGGCGUGCGCCAGGCUAACAAUGUCAUUAAGCUGCUUAUCGAACGCUCUACAGGAAAUCUUCAGCGCACUCAGCAAAACUUCGAGCAACAAAAGAGUCAGUUCGAGAAGGAAAUAGAAGAUAAAAUUUAUGGCUACACCAGAGACGCUAGGUCUCUGAUUGAUACAAUGAACCAAUGUGUGGCAGGCUCCAUAAGCAAAGGCCGCUGUACAAGCAAUAUAAACCGUAUCGAAGUGAAGCUCAACAACGCUCAAAAUGAUCUCCAGACUGUCUCAAGGAAGAGCAAACUCCUGGUCAAAGCAGGAACAUAUGCUAAAAGCGACAUUGACACCGUUCUGACGGAGUUAGACAAGAAAAAGGCCAACAGCAUAAAAGAUAUUGAUAUUAUCAUUAAAGUCAAUCCGAUCGCAUCAACAACAACAACAACAGCCCAAUCCGAUAGCAGUACAUCGACUCCAGACUCCAGUAGCAGCGCAUCGGAAUCCGACUAAACCGCAACGUAAUUAGACCUAAGGGAAAUUCCUGAUUCAAAAUAUUGUAGCAUAAUAAUCCUGGUGGUGGGCCAUUAAAAGCAGCAUAAUAAAAAUCUUAGCUCAAUGCAAAAA